UCUGCCCUCGUUGGUUCGCUCGUUCGUUCGUUCUUUCAUUCGCUCGGUACUCCACCGUUAUCGUCAUCGUCGUUGGAUUGCGCGCGGCAACCGUUCGUUCGUUUCGAUACACAAACUUCACGUCACAUCACCAACCUACCGAUCGGUUUGUGUAUCAGUCAGUCAGUCAGUCAGUUAGUGAGUCAGUCAUUCAGUUAGUCGGCAACUGCUGCAUUUUACCGGGACGACAAGGACGAGGUCAAUUCAAACGCAGUGGAAAUAGUGCAGACAAAUUUGGAAUCUAAUAUCGUGCUCCGGUUGCGCCGAAUUUGAUGAAUCAUGGCGAAGAACACAAACCAAUAGCAGCUACCUAAACAUACCACCAGUGUGUCAGUGUCAGUGCCAGUAUCAGUGUCAGUGCGUGUGGACCGGAAAAGUGAACAAACACAGGUGGUGCUUGUGGCGGAAAAAAAAAUUAAUUAAAAGAACCGUCGACCGGCUCCUGAGUUCGAAAUUCGUUGACAGGUGGAAAAGCACAAUCGAAAACAACAAAGCCCUACUCAGUAAGUGCCGAGUGUGUGAGUGGGUAAGUGAAGCUAUCAGCAGGCCACGUUUUACGUGCCAUUUCGUUACGCGUUGCGUGUCUCAGUUCCAGUCAGCAUCGGAGGAAUAUUGCGAAGAAAAUAAACUCGAAAACAUCUGGUGGUGGAGUCUUGGCAGCAUUCCUUGCCGCCGCCGGUGGAAACCAUGUACCCGUACUAUGAAUCGGAGUGGAGCAUACUGCCUCCGGAGCACAAUCGAAGAUACAGCCCGGGCCUCACAAUCAGCAACAUCAAACAAGUGAUCAAUGAAACGAUAGAAACCAAUAUUCUAAGAAAGCCUUCACCAACUCGCCUGCGGGAACUGAUCCGCCAGAUCCGAGCAGCCCGAACGGCCGCCGAGGAGCGUGCCGUGGUCAACACAGAAUGUGCCUACAUCCGAAGUACCUUCCGCGAGGCGGACUGCAUUUGGAAAUGUCGCAACAUGGCCAAAUUGCUCUACAUUCACAUGCUAGGCUAUCCGGCCCACUUUGGACAGAUGGAAACCCUAAAGCUGGCGACCAGCUCGAAGUUCACCGACAAACGGAUAGGCUACCUCGGAGCGAUGCUGCUGCUGGACGAACGGCAAGACGUGCACGUUCUGCUGACCAACUGUUUGAAAAAUGACCUCAACAGUUCAACGCAGUUCAUCGUGGGGACGGCUCUGUGUACCCUGGCAGCGAUCGCCUCGCCGGAGAUGGGUCGUGAUCUGUCGCACGAGAUCGAACGACUGAUCGCUUCCUCGAACGCAUUUCUUCGCAAGAAAGCAAUCCUCUGUGCCUUUCGCAUGGUCCGCCGAGUGCCUGAACUGAUGGAGGAUUAUGUACCCAAGUGCUUACACCUUUUAAACGAGAAAAACCAUGGAAUCCUCGUAUCGACAAUCACAUUGGUAACGGAGAUGUGCGAACAGAGCCCUGUGGUGUUGAACUACUUCAAAUCGUCCAUCCCUACCUUGGUUCGCACGCUCAAAACACUAAUCGUAAGUGGAUAUUCACCGGAACACGUCGUCAAUGGAGUCAGCGAUCCGUUCCUGCAGGUGAAGCUCCUUCGGCUGUUGAGGAUCCUGGGGCACGGUGACCCAGAUCAGUCGGAGAUCAUGAACGAUGUAUUGGCUCAGGUUGCUACCAAUACGGAGACGAACAAGAACGCAGGGAAUGCCAUUCUGUACGAAACGGUACUGACAAUCAUGAAUGUUGAGUCCGAAAACAGCCUCCGCGUCCUGGCCAUCAACAUCCUGGGUCGAUUUCUGCUCAACAGCGACAAGAGCAUCCGCUACGUGGGACUACUAACGCUUGUCCGAACCGUUCAACGGGACAUGACGGCCGUCCAGCGGCAUCGUAUCACAAUCCUUGAGUGCCUUUCCGAUUCGGACAGUUCGAUACAGAAGUGUGCGAUGGAACUGUCCUUCACGCUAGUCAACGCACAGAACAUUGAAACCAUCGUACGGGAAUUGCUCAAAUAUCUGGAAACAGCUGACGCGGAGAUGAAGGGAGCCUGCGGCAGUAGAAUCGUGCUGGCAGCGGAGAUGUACUCCCCUUCGAUCCGUUGGCAUCUGGAUUUGCUGCUGAAGGUGUUGAAGAUUUCCGGCAACAACAUCCGGGACGACGUGAUAGCCUCUACGAUUCAGCUGAUUUCCAACAGCCCCACGGAGGAGCAGAGUUUCAUCAGUGGUAAAAUGUGGCAAUCUAUCACCAACAUGAACCAACUGGAGAAUCGGCAACCGCUCGUGCAAGUCGCCGUGUGGACACUCGGAGAGUACGGCGAGGCUGGCAAUUUCGACGAAAACGAACUAAUUGACCACUACCGCCAGCUUCUGUGGGCCCCUCAGCUAUCGAUCACGACCAAGCAGUACAUUCUGAUGUCGCUUGCGAAAAUCAGCGUCCGCAUGGAACACUGCACGGCCAACAUCCAAAACAUCAUCAACGCCUUCAGGGUGCACCUGAACAUCGAUCUGCAACAGAGGGCCGUCGAGUUCCAUCAACUGUUCACCAGCCACAGUCACCUGAGGGCAGCCCUGCUGGAAAAGAUGCCCACGAUGAAAAUAUCCACGAUGACCACCUCGGAAUACAACUCGGACUUUGCUGCCGGACCGACAUCCGGCUCGCAAUCGCAAAGCGAACAAUCCACACCGCUCAAAGAAACUUCUAAUCAAGACAUCCUACUGGACUUGCUGGGGAAUUCCUUCGGAAGUGGUUCGUCGACUGCCAACACGACUACCACUCCAAGUCCCCUGGAGCAGACCGCACCGGUUGAGCCACCUGUGAACAAUACAGACAUUUUGGACCUGUUGGGAUUGGGUUCCUACGACCAGUCCAGUCCCUUGCCAACGCCGUUUACCCCUCCUACGACCAGAAUCAGUCCCACGGAGUACUCGGCCACGACAAUCCCCGUCUUCAGUCGGGAUAACAUCGACAUUCGAUUCAUCGUCAAAAGAGAACGGGACCACGCAGUGGUCACAGCCAAAACUACCAACAAUUCGGUCAAUAUGCUAGAGAAGUUCAUGCUUCAGGUUGCAGUCCCGAAGGCGUACUCGAUCCAAAUGCUAGUGCCAUCAAGUACGGUGAUGCUGCCUGGGGAAUCCGUCGUGCAGGACAUCAAUGUAAUUCGGACGAAUGCCGCCAUUGCCAGUGCCCUCCGGAUGAAGGUUCGAUUUUCCUACGACAUCGGUAACUACUCCGUCAUGGAACAGGCGGACGUAAACGAGUUCCCGCCGGAUCUUUUCCUUUGAGUGCUGCUGUACACCAUGGAUGGGCCAUCGAAAGCCGCCGAUCUCAGCUAAUCCAAACCUUACUGCAAACGAUUGCUCAGCCGCGAAAUACCAUACAAUUAUCAAAAAAAAAAUAUCUAAAAACUGCAAACCAGGGCACAAAGUUUAAAAUCAAAUGGACUCUUUCGGAACCAAUCAACUCAAUUGACCAUCAAAUUAGAUUCUAGUACAUCAUCCUGUUUUCAAUGUAGAAUAUUUCAAAUUAGAUUUUAUCAUGGAAAUUUAAAAUAAAAAGUUAUAUUACUAGUAGAACUCUACCCCGUUAAAGAAAUGUAGAUAAUUUAAAUAAAUACCGUUUUUAAUCGCU